ACCUGUGCCGUAGCAUAGAAGAACAUCCGAAAUUCAAGUUACAGUGCCGCCAAGAAGGACGCCUCUUUCGCCGCCAGCCCGCCGCCCCGCCCCGCCUGGCUCUCUGUCAAAGAACAAAAAUCCAGGACAGCGCGACUGAAGUUCCCCACACAGACUACGCAGUCACGCGGCUCGCCGCCUCACCGCCUCAGUGCCUCACUGCAUCACCGCCAACUGGUCACGGACUCACGGACCUUGGUAGUCGGCCUCUACAAUCUCUUAUACGGAGCAGUUUGUUGUAAGGGGCCUCAAAUUUGAGAGGACUGGCCCUGCUCUCUCUUUGUAUCAUCUUCCUCCACAAAACAUAAAAUACCAGAGCCACAGAUAACAGUCAUUCACAUGGCUUGUGCUAACCAAUUCCUGAGAACCUUCAUUCUUAACGGUGCCUCCCUAUGGCAAUUCUCUCCCGCACUCCUCCGAACGUAUACAGUCCCAGCGCUCACUCCUCUUCACUCUCACCGGCGGCACAGGCUAUUUUGCUUCAUAUCCUCGCAACUUACGCCUCGGCCCGAGAAUGAGUCAGAUAAACGGAGGCGGGACAACGUGGUGGAGAUUUUGGAGGAAAGGGGUUUGCUAGAGUCUGUCACUAGUGAAAACAUCAGGUCGAUUUGCUCCGACCCGAAUCACCCUCCUCUCAAAGUCUACUGUGGUUUUGACCCGACUGCAGAAAGUCUCCACCUUGGGAACCUUCUCGGUCUUAUUGUUCUCUCAUGGUUCCUUCGUUGCGGCCAUAAAGCUGUCGCUCUUAUUGGUGGAGCCACUGGCCGCAUUGGUGACCCGUCCGGCAAGAGUUUAGAGCGCCCCGAUCUCGACUAUGCUAAGUUGAAUCAGAACAUUGCCGGAAUUUCAGCUAACAUUCGUCAGAUACUAGUAGCGUCGCCAAAUUCAUCUAACCUUGAGGUUCUAGAUAACUAUGCUUGGUGGAAAGAUGUGAAAUUUCUAGAUUUCUUGGGUGAUGUAGGAAGGUUAGCAAGGGUUGGUACUAUGAUGUCCAAAGAAAGUGUGAAGAAGAGAUUGGAAAAUGCAGAGGAAGGAAUGAGCUACGCAGAGUUCUCCUACCAGUUGCUGCAGGGUUAUGAUUUUGUGCAUUUGUUCAAAAAGGAAGGCGUCACUGUUCAAAUCGGCGGCAGUGAUCAAUGGGGAAAUAUUACCUCAGGAACGGACCUUAUCCGCAGGGUAAUAGGAAAAUCCUCUGCAUCUCACGUGGCUUAUGGCUUGACAUUCCCGCUUCUCCUCAAGAGUGAUGGGACCAAGUUUGGGAAAUCUGAGGAAGGAGCAAUAUGGCUGUCCCCUUCACUUGUGUCGCCAUACAAGUUUUAUCAAUAUUUCUUCUCAGUUCCGGAUUCUGAUGUUGUGAGGUUUCUGAAGAUCCUUACCUUUCUGAGCAUUCAAGAGAUUGAAGAGGUCAGGCUCCAAAUGGGGAAGCUUCCCAAUACGGCACAGCGCAGGUUGGCUGAGGAGGUUACACGGUUUGUUCAUGGGCAAGAGGGGCUGGAGGAGGCUCUUAAGGCGACAGAAGCACUGAGGCCAGGCAAUGCAGAUCCUAGGUUGGAGUGGAAGACCAUUUCUGGAGAUGUUCCAUCUUGUUCAUUGCCUUUUGAUCAGGUUUUGAAUGUUCUGCUUUUGGAUCUUUCGGUUUCCAGUGGGUUGCUGGAGAGUAAGUCUGCCGCGCGGAGGAUGCUUAAACAAGGAGGGCUUUACUUGAACAAUGUUCGAGUUGAUAGCGAGGCUAAGAAGAUUGAGGAGGAGGAUAUUGUAGAUGGAAAAUUUCUGCUGCUGUCGGCUGGAAAGAAGAACAAGAUGGUUGUGAGAAUCUCCUGAGUCAGCCAUACAGCCCGCUUCUUGUAUACUUUAAAUUCUUUUUUUCAAAAUUCCAUUUGUGUGCAAAGACAUAAUUAUUUUAUAGAUCAUUAAAGCAGGUAAAACCUUGGGUACCUGAGUUCUACUACUUGCAUGAGUUAUAUGGUAUCAGACCGCUGUUCACUCACAAUCUGUUGUUUAGUGCAUUUUUUCCUCAAACAGAUUGGUGGGACUGCCGAUGGAUAUCAAUUCACAAGCCUCGCGUGGGAAGAAGACCCUACACUCCACAGACUUUCCUGAAAACCCAUCUAGCCGCACCACCAUCUUCAAGAUAUCUCCACGCCACAGCAGCAUCCAUUUCAACCAAGAAGUCCGAGUACCCUUUUGAGAUCGCAUAGUCCGUAGCAUACAACGCCGCUGAUAUCUCAGCUUCAAGCGACGAUUGAACUGAAAGAGGGAAAGAGAUAGCAAACAGCAUGACCCCCUCUACGUUCCUUAAAAUCGCACCGCCAGAGGCUUCUCCAGACUCCAGGUAAAAAUUUAGCAUCUGUAUUGAGCUUAGAACUACCAAUGGGCCGUUUCCAUUUCACAGCCUUGAAAUAACCUCCUUUGAGCUCGAAAUUAGGGGGAAUAAGUUUCUCUUCAUAAAGUAUAUCACCUAUUUCUCGAAUCUUAAAAUUAGAAAAGCUGGUGACCCAAUUCUGAGUAUAUAAUUUGAUUUGUGCGAUUAUGGACUCAGAUGAAGGAACACUGAUAGCCGAACCCCAGAUAAAUUGUAUAUGCAGUAUAUACUUAUAUGUAUAUUAGUGAUGAUGAAAGAAAUAAUGAAGAACUUGAGGUUGUGGGUUAUGUAACAUUAUCUGGGCAAGGAACUAGAUCAUUACCUGGCAUAUCUUUACUGCCGGCCAUUGAUGGUAAUGCAGACUUUUAUGAGGUUUCUCACAAGUAUGCCAUUGGGACUUACAUUUGCAAUUAAACUUUUUUUUGCAUAUUGUAUUCCUUCUUUUUUUGGGUGCAAUUGUAUUCCUUUUCUGUAACAACAACAAUGACAUUACCCCGGUGCCGCAAAGGCCCCCACAUACGGUGGGGUAAGGAGGUCGGAUGUACGUAGUCUUACCCUUGUCCUAAAGCACAAAGAGACUAUUUCCGGAUAAACUAUGAUGUAAAUCAGGUCGAUAUUUGCAUGAACCAACCGGUGCUUCAUAACAAAGAAGUGCAUACAGUUUAUUGAGUCAUUUUGCUUCAUAUCCCAAACCCAAAAAUAGCGAGUCUUUAGUUCCAUUGGUAAUGAUGGAAAUUAUUCAUUUUCUGUAAAUAAAAAAGAAAAGAAAACUGCAGUGAGGUCCGGUGAGGAAUGAUAAUGUUUAAAAGAAAAGAAAACUGCAGUGAGGAAAUUAUUCUUUUUCUCUUUACAUAUAUUUUUAGUCUCUCCAAGUGUAAUAUUUUAUAUCACUGUAAAAUUAUUUUUCUAUUUAUAGUGUUUAACGAUACUCAUCCUUUUUGUUUAAGGCUAUGUAUGUUGUUUUUCUUUUUUAGUCUACCACCGAUCGUAAUUCGUUACAAACUCCCUCUAAUAACUCUACUUAAUAGAUAUCUUUUUUUUUAAAAAAAGAUGCUUAAUAGAUAUCUUAUCAUUAGUUUUCAUAUCAUUUCAAAAAGUGCGUAAACUUUUUUCUAGAGGGACAUUAAAAUUAAUCAGCAUUAGUUUUAUACGUAGUAUUGUUUUAAACAUAGGUUAUAUGUUUAACUAUGUCAUUGGAUGACAGUGGGAAUCUAAUUUUAACUAACUCGGAUUUACCACUCUGAAAAAUUUGGGAUGAAUUUUUCAGAGCACAAAGUUUGAUAAAGUUGGGAUCAAUUCGUACUAACAAAAAUACUUAUCAUUAGAUAUAUAAAUAUUUCGUUACGUAUUUGUGUUUAUAGAAUAUAAUUACCAAGGAUCCAAGCAAUUGAGGCAUGCUAAAAAUGUUAUUGAUCAAUCUUUUAUAAACAUCCGAUAAGCAAACACAUUAAUUGAUAGCAUAGCUUUACAAAUCAAAAUUUUCACAUUAUAAUUACUAAUUUUUAAUUUACACACUAUUGUUUAGAAAAAAUGAGUAUGAAAUCAUUAAAUGUCUGAUUGUAGAGAAAUGUAAGCUACACCUUGUUAUCUUAUAUUAUUAUAGAGGACUAUUAUUAUUAACAAUAUAACUAUUAUUAAUAAUAAUAUAACUAUUAUUAUUAUUACUAUAACUAUUAUUGUAUUGCAAGACAAUAAUAAUGAUGUUUUUAAUCAGACCAAAGUUCUAUGAUUAGGUCCGUUUAAGUUUGGUCUGAUGACCUAAACUGAUCUGGUAUGGUAAGUGCCAGAUGUAUGUAUAUUUUACUUACUUAUUCUGAUCUGAUCAAGUCUAUUGUAUUUAAAUUUGAUCUGAUUUGAUGUAGUUUCAUUUAAUCAGAUCUGGUCUAGCUUAUAAUUGAAAACAUUCAAAUCAAAAAAUUGUAAACGUUCUGAUUUUUUUUGCGUUCAGUGAACUCUCGCUAAUUAUUUAUUACUAUUAUUAUUAUAUUAUUAUUAUUAUUAUUAUUAUUAUUAUUAAUACUACUACUACUAUUAGGGAAAAACAAUAACAAUACCCCACACUUUGAAGGGGAGUGAGGUAAACACCCCAACUUGCAUAUAUAAUUUAAAUACCCCAAACUUUAUAUAAAAAGUUUUUUUCGCACCAUUGUCAUGUAUUAUUUUUUUCAAAAAUGUAAAUUUAUGGGGUUAUUGCAUAAUUUAAAAUAGCAAAUUAAAAGUGUUGCAAUUGUAUAAAUUGGGGA